ACAGAAUCCCAGGCUCUUCACAAGCCACAGCAGCUGUACCUAAACAGCAAAAAUCACGUUCUACCAACUCAAGGGAUGAGCGCUUUCGAUCUGCGGCCAAUACGGCCACUGGGAUUGGCUCAGCUGUUCCCCUUGCCGGGAACAGCUGAUGCCACAGCCGGCGUAAUGCCAGUUCACGCGACUGCGGCUGCAAACGUGGCUCCUGCUCCUGCUGCUCUCCAGGAGAUGUUCAUACUGAAGCUGUACAAGCAGCACUGGCUAAAUACAAAGAGAGGAAAAUGCCCAUGCCUUCCAAAAGACGUUCUGUUCUUGUACACUCAUCAGUAGAGACAUACACGCCUCCAGACACAUCGUCUGCAUCAGAAGAUGAGGGCUCGUUACGUCGGCAAGGGCGGAUCACCUCCACUCCGUUCCAGAGCCAUUCCAACGUAGAGCCCUGGCUUAACCGGGUUAUCCAGGGCUCCUCCACCUCAUCCUCUGCAUCCUCCACCUCAUCCCAUCCAGGAGGGAAACCUGCUGCUGCUUCCAAUACUGCUACUGCCACCGCUGCUGCCACUGUGCUUGCAGAUCUUAUGGCACACGCUCAGCUAGAUAACCACUCUGCACCUCCUGAUGUUACCACAGGCCUUGUAGAACAUUUGCAUCAUGAGCGACCACAAGUAGCAUCUGUACGAGGAGUUCCCAGGGGCUACAACAGCAGCAUCCUAGAAACUGCAGAUGGUGUUCCAGUGAAUAGUAGAGUUUCCUCAAAAAUCCAACAGCUUCUAAACACUUUAAAAAGACCAAAGCGUCCACCGUUGAAAGAGUUCUUUGUAGAUGAUUUUGAAGAACUACUUGAAGUACAACAGCCUGAUCCCAAUCAGCCAAAGCCUGAAGGAACUCCGAUGGCUGUCCUUAAAGGUGAACCUUUAGGUGUGGUAACCAAUUGGCCUCCAUCUCUGUUGUCAGCUUUGCAGCGCUGGGGUACCACUCAGCCAAAAGCCCCUUGUCUAACAGCAUUGGAUACUACUGGAAAACCCAUCUAUACGCUUACAUAUGGUAAACUGUGGAGUCGGAGCUUGAAGUUAGCGUAUACUUUGCUUAACAGGCUAACCAGUAAGAAUGAACCACUACUCAAACCUGGAGACAGGGUGGCUCUCGUAUUUCCUAACAGUGAUCCUGUGAUGUUUAUGGUGGCAUUUUAUGGGUGCCUCCUGGCAGAGCUUAUUCCUGUGCCAAUAGAAGUGCCACUGACAAGAAAGGAUGCUGGCAGCCAGCAGAUUGGAUUUCUCUUGGGCAGUUGUGGAGUAACACUGGCUCUGACAACAGAUGCUUGUCAGAAAGGCCUCCCUAAAGCUCAAACUGGAGAAGUGGUUACGUUCAAAGGUUGGCCUCGUCUAAUUUGGUUUGUAAUUGAUGGAAAACAUCUGGCCAAGCCGGCAAAGGACUGGCAUCCACAAGUACGGGAUGCCAGUGCUGAUAUUGCCUAUAUUGAGUAUAAGACAAGUAAAGAGGGCAGCACAGUGGGCAUUACUGUAUCUCAUGCUUCCAUGUUGGCACAUUGUCAUGCAUUGACUCAGGCAUGUAGUUAUUCUGAAGCUGAAACAUUAACAAAUGUACUAGAUUUCAAAAGGGAUGCUGGAUUGUGGCAUGGAGUAUUAACGAGUGUUAUGAACAGAAUGCAUGUUAUCAGUAUUCCCUAUGCAUUAAUGAAGGUUAAUCCGCUUUCCUGGAUACAGAAAGUCUGCUCGUACAAAGCUCGUGUAGCAGUAGUAAAAUCACGUGAUAUGCACUGGUCACUUUUGGCUCAGCGAGAUCAAAGGGAUGUCAGCCUCAGUUCUUUACGAAUGUUAAUAGUAGCAGACGGAGCUAAUCCAUGGUCCAUCUCUUCCUGUGAUGCAUUUCUCAACGUAUUUCAGUCCAGAGGUUUGAAACCAGAAGUUAUCUGCCCCUGUGCUAGUUCUUCAGAGGCAUUAACUGUUGCUAUUCGCAGACCUCCAGAUUUAGGUGGGCCACCUCCAGGAAAAGCAGUGCUGUCUAUGAAUUGUUUGAGUUAUGGUGUGAUUAGAGUGGAUACAGAAGAAAAGCUGUCUGUGCUCACUGUACAAGAUGUUGGUCAGGUUAUGCCUGGAGCUAAUGUGUGUGUUGUGAAGGUGGAUGGGACUCCUCAUCUAUGUAAGACUGAUGAGGUUGGUGAAAUAUGCGUGAAUUCUGGGGCAACUGGGACAGCAUACUAUGGUCUCCUUGGAAUCACCAAGAAUGUGUUUGAGACCAUUCCAGUGACAGCUGCAGGAGUGGUUGUUUCAGGUCAACCCUUUACAAGAACAGGAUUUCUUGGCUUUGUUGGUCUUGACAAUUUGGUGUUUGUGGUAGGAAAACUGGACGGUCUGAUGACAGUGAGUGGCCGCAGACACAAUGCAGAUGAUGUAGUAGCCACAGCACUGGCAGUAGAGCCAAUGAAGUUUGUUUACAGAGGAAGGAUAGCAGUGUUUUCUGUGACCGUUUUGCAUGAUGAUCGAAUAGUGCUUGUGGCAGAACAGCGCCCCGAUGCAUCAGAGGAGGAUAGUUUUCAGUGGAUGAGCAGGGUUCUACAGGCAAUCGACAGCAUUCACCAAGUGGGUGUGUAUUGUCUUGCCUUAGUGCCUGCUAACACUUUGCCAAAGGCUCCACUUGGAGGAAUUCAUAUAUCAGAAACCAAACAGCGUUUUCUAGAGGGUGCUCUGCAUCCUUGCAAUGUUUUAAUGUGUCCACAUACUUGUGUUACCAACCUGCCUAAACCUCGACAAAAGCAGCCAGAUGUUGGUCCAGCUUCAAUGAUUGUAGGCAACCUUGUUGCUGGAAAGAGAAUUGCACAAGCCUCAGGGAGAGAUGUUACCCAGUUGGAGGAUAAUGACCAGGCAAGAAAGUUUCUAUACUUAGCAGAUGUUCUGCAGUGGCGAGCCCAGACAACUCCAGAUCAUCCCCUCUUCCUACUGCUGAAUUCCAAGGGCACAGUAGCCAGUACUGCAUCAUGCAUACAGCUGCACAAGAAAGCUGAGCGAGUGGCAGCAGCACUGACUGAGAAGGGGCGACUGAAUGUUGGAGAUCAUGUAGCUCUAGUUUAUCCACCAGGAAUAGACUUAAUAGUAACUUUCUAUGGCUGCUUAUAUGCUGGGUGCAUACCCAUCACAGUUCGACCCCCUCAUCCACAAAAUCUUGCUACCACCCUACCCACUGUCAAGAUGAUUGUAGAGGUCAGUAAGUCUGCAUGUAUCCUUACAACACAAGCAAUAAUGAAACUACUGAAGUCCAAAGAAGCUGCAACAGCUGUAGAUAUUAAAACAUGGCCCACCAUUUUGGACACAGAUGAUAUACCUAAAAAGAAGGUGGCAACUAUUUUUAGACCUCCUUCCCCAGAUAUGUUGGCAUACUUGGAUUUCAGUGUAUCUACCACUGGCAUAUUAGCAGGAGUAAAGAUGUCACAUGCAGCUACAAGUGCCUUAUGUCGCUCCAUAAAGCUACAGUGUGAGCUGUACCCUUCCAGACAGAUCGCCAUCUGCCUUGACCCUUACUGUGGUUUGGGCUUUGCACUAUGGUGCCUCUGCAGUGUAUAUUCGGGACAUCAGUCCAUUUUAGUCCCUCCUCUUGAACUGGAGAGCAAUGUAUCUCUGUGGUUGUCUGCUGUAAGUCAAUACAAAGUGCGUGUCACUUUCUGCUCUUAUUCUGUCAUGGAGAUGUGCACCAAAGGCCUUGGAACACAGACAGACGUUCUCCGGAUGAAAGGAGUUAACCUGUCUUGUGUACGAACAUGUAUGGUGGUUGCAGAAGAGAGACCAAGGAUUGCACUAACACAGUCCUUCUCCAAAUUGUUCAAAGAUCUGGGCCUCUCUGCACGUGCAGUGAGCACCACGUUUGGGUGCAGGGUCAACGUAGCAAUUUGCUUACAGGGAACUGCCGGGCCAGAUCCAACGACAGUCUACGUAGACAUGAGAGCACUUCGACAUGACAGGGUACGUUUGGUAGAGAGGGGGUCUCCACACAGUUUGCCAUUGAUGGAGUCUGGAAAGAUUCUGCCUGGGGUAAAGGUUAUUAUAGCACAUACUGAAACAAAAGGACCUCUAGGAGAUUCACAUUUAGGAGAGAUCUGGGUGAGUAGUCCCCACAAUGCUACAGGUUACUACACAGUCUAUGGAGAAGAGGCACUACACGCUGACCAUUUCAGUGCUCGGCUGAGUUUUGGAGACACUCAGACAAUAUGGGCACGGACUGGGUACCUGGGCUUUCUGCGCAGAACUGAACUGACUGAUGCCAGUGGAGAGAGGCAUGAUGCGUUGUAUGUGGUAGGCUCUUUGGAUGAAACGCUGGAGCUGAGAGGAAUGAGAUAUCAUCCCAUUGAUAUUGAGACUUCAGUGAUUAGAGCACAUAAGAGCAUUGCUGAAUGUGCUGUGUUUACAUGGACCAACUUGCUGGUGGUGGUUGUGGAAUUAGAAGGCUCGGAGCAGGAAGCACUGGACUUAGUUGCAUUAGUAACAAAUGUAGUUCUGGAAGAACAUUAUCUGAUAGUGGGUGUUGUAGUAAUUGUCGACCCAGGAGUUAUUCCUAUCAAUUCUCGUGGUGAAAAGCAACGAAUGCACUUGAGAGACGGAUUUUUAGCUGACCAAUUGGAUCCUAUUUAUGUUGCCUACAACAUGUGAAAACCUAAUACCACACAGAGGCUGAAGCACCAAAAUUAUAGAGACUUUCUGAAUAAGAUCUUUAUCAGUUUGUUGUGCUCUUUAACUUCUGAAGACCCAAGAAAAACAGAUGCCAGUCUUCAUGGACCUUCAUCUCUCAAACUGCAUUUGCUUUUGUAAACCCAAUAUAGCAUUUACAACAUCCAUAUUAGGAUUGAGAAAUUACUGGAAUUCUUGAAGGAAUUGUAUUAGAAACUGUCAAGGACCAAUUUUUUUUACAAUAAUUAUGAAUGUCAGUAUCUUAAUGCACUGCAUAAUGAGACAUAGACUGGGGUUUGGAGAAAACACCAGCUGAAGAGGACUCUGGAAACACUGAUGAAAGUUGUGGUUAACCAUCCUGGAGUUUUCCUUCAGUGUGCUGGUUUGAUAUGUAUAUGAUAACUCUGUUGGCACAUAACUUUCAAGAUUUUGUAUAUCUCCACUUUGUCCUCUACUGUAUUGCAAGGAAUUUUGCACAUGUUUGAUGUUAAAAUGCAGCCUUUUUUAUUAUUUUAGUCAUUGACUCAUCCCCAUUCAGAUCAAACAACUCACUCCAAUCCUCAAUUCAGAAAUAUGCUAUCAUUCAGCCUUUUGGUACCAAGCAAAAACAAAUACUGCAUCUUUAACAAGGUUUACUUAAUGUGCCAUAAUGGAUUCUGUAAUAUUGUGAACUUUAUUGUAGAAAGAUAAAUUAGUAUCCAGUUUUAACUACUUACUACAAGAGGCUUAAUUGCUUUCUUGUUUUCAUAAUUUCAUAUUAGUUAAAUAGUAAAAUUGCUUGUUUUCCUAGUAUAAAGCUGUUAAUUAUUGCCCUGCAUAAUGCCAAGUUUUUGAGCUAUUCAUUCCAAAGCCAAUAGAAUCUAAAUCAUUAGUGGAAAUGUCUGAAAAGCACGAUCAUCCAAUACGUUAUUCCCAAAGUAUCCUGCACCAGAAGUUAUGGAAUAAUGAUUUUUCCACCAUGAAAAAUAUAUCCAACAUCAAAGCUAGCUGGAUCUGCCAUGGCAUAAGCCUUCAUGUUUUAGUCGUAUGUAGUCACACUUCCUUUAUUCAAACUAAAAUAUCCAGUUGGUUGAGUCACAUUUGACUAAUUAAGCUGUUGAAGUUUCUGCCUGAUCUAAUAUUUCAGUGAACCUAAUUCAGAAAGAGAAUGUGAAAUUAUUCAAAUACUUCCAUGUAUUUGAAGACAAGCACGAGUCUAGAAAAUAAUUAUUUUUAUAGAGCUAAUAAGGAGUUUGUGGCUAUGUGUUGGGGUUUUUUUUGUUUUGUUUUGUUUUUUAAUAAUGCAUGAGUUUGGCAAAACAGCCAGGCUUUUCUUCAAGGCAAAUUUGCCUGGUUCAGUGCCUAAGAAAGCUGGAUUGACAGUCCCCUGACAUAAGAAUGCUAAAUGCUGACUCUUCUUGGUUAAUUAAACUAUAAAGUCUUCAACAAAAGGUUUUCAUAAACAGUUAGUUCUUUGUGCCCUCAUGGUGUUUAACUGCAAUGUACUAUACAGAUACAUACCCUAAAAACUCUAAUAUGACUGUAAUUAUGUACAGAAUUUGUGUAACUUAUUGUUUGAAUUAAGUACCACAACAUUAGCAAUGGACUAAUGGAUAUUCCUUGUAGUAGAACAGCUGGUAAAAGGAAAGAACUACCUAACCCCAAUUUUAAUGUUGUAGUUUUUUAGCAAAUAAAGCAUUGUAAGAUUUUUGUAUUGAGAUAUUGGUGACAGUGAGACAAGUUGCCUUGUAAAGUAAGAUU